AUGAAGGACGCGGGUGAUGGGCCAGCUCACCACAUAGGAGAACGUCUGUCUCUUAAGAAUCAGCUUUGUACGGUCCGCUACGUCGGAAAGGUAGCAGACAAGCCUGGGACAUGGCUCGGCGUCGAGUGGGACGACAUCGACAGGAGGAAGCAUAACGGAACGCACGAAGGCGUUGAGUAUUUUCGGUGCCUGUCGAAAUCACCAAAAUGUGCAUCAUUCUUGCGACCAACUCAGACCUGGGAUGCCCCGAGGACAUUUCUCCAAGCGCUACGAGAGAAGUAUAUGCCUGAUGACCACCAUGCGACAUCUUCUGGGACCGUAUAUUUCUCCGGCAAGCAGGCAGAGGAGGUUGGCUUCGACAAGUUCCAGCAGAGACAAGCCAAGCUGCAAGGCAUCCAUGUACUUGUCCUCAACCACAUGCGCAUUCAACACCAACGGAUAAACCCCAGCGACAAUGCUGAAAUAGCACACAUCUGCGCCGACAUCACCGAGCUCGAUCUGAGCGCGAACCUGUUUGAGAGCUACGAGGAGAUCUGUGACCUAUGUCUGCAGUUCCCAAAGCUGAGAACUCUCACCCUCGAUGGCAACCGCUUCAGUCUGCGUGGAAAUCCACUGCGAUAUCGUAUUGAGACUAUCAAGACUCUAGGCCUGUCGCGGACUCUUGCUGAGGAUGCGGCCGUGAACGUCCUUCUCAAUUUCGCCUUUCCAAAUGUUACCACACUUUCACUCGCCGGCAAUGAGUACUCCAUUCCGCUUAAGCUCAGGAUACCUUCCAAGGUGGAAGUGCUUGACCUCUCGGAUAACACUUUCGCAGUACUCUCCGACCUAAGUUUUCUAUCUGGGUCGGGCCUCCGGACCCUGCUUCUCAAGCGGAACAGUAUCUCAUCGUUCACAACCUUAGGUAUAGACUUCAAGUUACAGGUGGAAGAGCUUGAUCUUUCGUACAACGUAAUCUCGACAUUCGACUUCUUCAACAACAUCACAGAAAGCAGCUUCCCGAACCUGCACCACCUGCGUGUCACUGGCAACCCCGUUUAUCAGUCCUUGGUAUCUGCGGAUGGCAAGCCCCUGACAUCAGAAGAUGGGUACAUGCUUACUGUAGCCCGCCUCCCGCAACUGCAGUGUCUCAAUCACAGUAAGAUCACUGAAAAAGAGCGCUUGAAUGCCGAAACUUACUACCUCGGCCAAAUUGCCAUCGAGCUGGCCAACGCACCAGAGGGGCAGGAAGGAAAGGUCAUCGCUCAGCACCCUCGGUCCCAAGAGCUUUGCGCGGAGUAUGGCGAGCCUGUCAUCCAACGGAAGACGAAAAAGGACGCCAUCGAUCCCAAUACUCUCGCGGCACGAUUAACGUCAGUCACCUUCCACCUCGCCGACCACUUUCUUCCAGAAGCGAGGGAGCGAUCGUGGACGGCGGAUGUACCGAAGUCAUUUGCCAUGUAUGCGGUCUUUGGUCUUGUUGGAAAGCGGCUCAACCAGAUGCCGCUCACUCUAAGACUGGUGCUGGAGACCAAUGAGCGUGAUCCUGUCGGCUUGCAGGAUCGAUACGGCGGCCCUGAAUGGUGGGAUAGCAGUGAUGACGAGGCAGAGGUCAAACAAGAUGACGAGUGGAUGAAGAGGGAAGUCGAGUUGACCGCAGGUACGAGGGCCCUGACUACCUACGUUGAAGGCAAUACGGCGAUUGUGAGGGCUGAGGCGAAGUGA